UACACACGGAUCAACUGUCUCACCAACACCCCCACAGGAGAAGCAGCAAUUUCAUGCCACGCUCAGCGAAAGCAGUCGACAGCAGCAACAACAGCAAUAUGUAGGCGCUCCACAGCAGCAACAACAACACAUGAAAUACAAGCAAGAACAGCAGCAACAACAACAAGAACAACAACCCCCCAACAACAAAACAAACAUAAAACGACAUAAUUAAGUUAUAGAAAUCAGGGAACGAGCAACGCCGCAACGAUCUUCGCCAGGAUCUGCACACAAGAAUGCAGCACGUGAGCGCUGCUAGCUCGGUGCCAUCAGUAGUAGCCCCUGUUGUGACCACUGGUGGGACGACGAUCACCUUGGGCGGCCCACCGCCGCUCCCCAAAUCGGAGCACAAAGAGGAUGGCAAGCCGCCGCACGGCAUCGAGAUGUACAAGGUGAACAUCGAGGAUAUUUCGCAGCUCUUUACCUACCACGAGGUCUUUGGCAAGAUCCACGGCGAUGUGGUCAAUCAUCAAUUGGCGGCGGCCCACGGUGGGCAAUUGCCACCACCUCCGCCGCUGCCGCCGCAGGUCAGCAGCCAUGCGGCAAGUGCAGCGGCAGCAGCAGCAGCCGCAUCGACUAACAAUGCCGCCGUUGCAGCGGUAAUGGCCUCAGCGAAUGCAGCAGCAGCGGCGGCGGCAGCUGCAUCGGCGGGCGGACAGCAGCAGCAACAGCAACAACUACCGCCGGCAACCAGCGGCAAUGGGGGCCAGCAGGUGACGGUAACGACGACCAGCAGCUCGACAAGCAGCGGCGGCGGGAGCACCACCAGUGGGGGCACCACGACCACGGCGGGUGAGUUGCUAAUGCCUAAAAUGGAGGGCGGCAUACAUGGCGUGGACGGCAGCGGCAAUGGCGGCAAUGGCGGCGGGCAGAACGUGGCGCUGGCGCCGGACGGUACGCCCAUUGCGACGGGGACGCAUGUCUGCGAUAUCUGCGGCAAGAUGUUCCAGUUCCGGUACCAGCUGAUCGUGCACCGGCGCUACCACAGCGAACGGAAGCCGUUCAUGUGCCAGGUGUGCGGCCAGGGCUUCACAACAUCGCAGGAUUUGACGCGCCACGGCAAGAUCCAUAUUGGCGGGCCCAUGUUCACCUGCAUCGUGUGCUUCAAUGUGUUCGCGAACAAUACGAGCCUGGAGCGGCACAUGAAGAGGCACUCAACGGACAAACCGUUCGCCUGCACCAUUUGCCAAAAGACCUUUGCCCGCAAAGAGCAUCUGGACAAUCACUUCCGCUCGCACACGGGCGAAACGCCCUUCCGUUGCCAGUACUGCGCCAAGACGUUCACGCGCAAGGAGCACAUGGUCAACCAUGUGCGCAAACACACGGGUGAGACGCCACAUCGUUGCGAUAUUUGUAAGAAGUCCUUUACGCGCAAGGAACACUAUGUUAACCACUACAUGUGGCACACUGGUCAAACGCCCCAUCAGUGCGAUGUCUGCGGCAAGAAAUACACGCGCAAGGAGCACCUAGCCAACCAUAUGCGAUCGCACACCAACGAGACGCCGUUCCGUUGCGAGAUCUGUGGCAAGAGCUUUAGCCGCAAGGAGCACUUCACCAAUCACAUACUCUGGCAUACAGGCGAGACGCCGCACCGGUGCGACUUCUGCUCCAAGACGUUUACGCGCAAGGAGCACUUGCUAAACCACGUGCGCCAGCACACGGGAGAGUCGCCGCACCGCUGCUCCUACUGCAUGAAGACGUUCACGCGCAAGGAGCACCUGGUCAACCACAUACGCCAGCACACGGGUGAGACACCGUUCAAGUGCACGUACUGCACGAAAGCGUUCACGCGCAAAGAUCACAUGGUUAAUCAUGUACGGCAACAUACAGGCGAGUCGCCGCACAAGUGCACGUACUGCACCAAGACGUUCACGCGCAAGGAGCACCUGACGAACCAUGUGCGCCAGCACACGGGCGACUCCCCGCACCGCUGCUCCUACUGCAAGAAGACGUUCACGCGGAAGGAGCAUUUGACGAACCAUGUGCGCCUGCACACGGGCGACUCGCCGCACAAGUGCGAGUACUGCCAGAAGACGUUUACGAGGAAGGAGCACCUCAACAAUCACAUGCGCCAGCACUCGAGCGACAAUCCGCAUUGCUGCAACGUUUGCAACAAGCCGUUUACGCGCAAGGAGCACCUGAUCAAUCAUAUGUCGCGGUGCCACACCGGCGACCGUCCCUUCACCUGCGAGACGUGCGGCAAGUCGUUCCCGCUCAAGGGCAACCUGCUCUUCCAUCAGCGCAGCCACACGAAGGGCCAGGAGAUGGAGCGACCCUUUGCCUGCGAGAAGUGCCCCAAGAACUUCAUCUGCAAAGGUCACUUGGUCUCGCACAUGCGCUCCCAUUCGGGUGAGAAACCGCACGCGUGCACUCUGUGCAGCAAGGCGUUCGUCGAGCGCGGCAAUUUGAAGCGCCACAUGAAGAUGAAUCAUCCGGAUGCUAUGAUGCCGCCACCACCCGUGCAUCCGCAUCCGCAAAUACCGGCUGGUGUGCUGACGCAAGUCAAGCAGGAAGUGAAACCGAUCAUAAUUCCCCACCACUCGGCGACCACCACGAUGCACACCAUCCAGCAAAUUACGGCGGGCGCGGCGGGCGGAGCCGGAGCAGUGCAGCUAACACCGGGCCUGGUGCCCCUGGUCACCUCGACGCUCAUCUCGCACAAUGCGGCCGCCCAGCAGCAGUCGCAGAAGAAUCAGGCAGCCGCCGCAGCAGCUGCCCAGCAGCAGGCCGCAGCAGCCGCGGCUGCUCAACAGCAGGCAGCGCAACAGGCGGCACAUCAGCAGCAUCAACAGCAAGUGGCCGCCCAGCAUCAGCAGCAGGCGGCAGUGGCUGCCCAUCAGCAGCAGCAACAGCAGUUGCAGCAGCAGCAGCAACUCCUGCAGUUGUCCAUCCAGCAGGCGGCUCACCAUCAUCAGCAAGAGCAGCAUCGCCAGCAGCAGCAGCAGCAACACCAGCAGCAGCAACAGCAGCAGCAGCAGCAUCACCAGCAGCAACAGCAGGGUCAUCCUCAGGCGCCGCCGCCACAGCAGCAACAGCAGCCGCCGCCAAUCGCCUUGAUCAGCGAUCCCGGUGCUCUGGCACGCGCCGCCAUCCAGCUGCAGCACCUGCCGGCGAACGUGGAACAGCACCCGGUUGUUUACUAACAGUAGCCCCUCCUGCACGGCUACACUCCCACCACAGCCCACUCGAGCAGCACGACCAGCACCUCCAUAGCGGCUACGGCGUCGUCGCAAGCGGCGUGGUGAGGCUGAGGCCAGUGUGCUAGUGAGCUAGUGAGCCGAGCUGACGCGACAUCUCUAAAUAGGACACACACACGAACCAUAACAAGCACACCCCAUAUAAGCAGCUAGUUGUAUGUACAAUAGUUUUAGCAGCGCGCUGGUUACGCUGAUCUGUGGCCCCCAGACGAUAGAGUAGUAUGCAGGGGUUUUAGGGUGUAUUGACUUUGAAACUAAGUUAUCUUGGGGGAUUCUAAACCAUUUUAUCCAAAAGAGAAACAUCAUUUUUCGAUGCCUUAAAAAUGUCUAUAUUUUAAAACAGAAAAUUUAAUGUAUGUAUUUCAUUUAUGACAAUAUGCUCUGGAAUUUAUCUGAUUUUUAAAAUUUCUAGAGAUUUCUGUGGCACCCCCAAAUAAUAACAAAAUUCAUAUUGCUUUUGGUCCCCCAAAAAUCAAAACACCCUAGAAAGUCAAGUACAGAUUGUGCUCUGUACUCCCAAAUGCCAUACGCACUCGUCUUUGAGCUAUCUUCCUCAUUUCCCAAUCGCAAACGAACUCAACACUCCUUAACUAGUCUGCCGCCGCCAGCUUUAACGUGCAAUACGAAUCAUCUCAUAGUUUGUUCUCGGUAUCUCUCUUUGUGUAUCUUUAAUGCUUAGACGCCUAGCGUCUAAUUUUAUUCACGUGUUUUCAACAUUUCUGAAAUGUGUGCCAGGCGGCGCGUGGUUUUGGAUAAGUCGAUUUCUAAUUGUUACUUAGCUGCGCUCAGUACAUCAAUCGCUCCCAAAAGCCAAUUCGACUCAUCCACUCUUCUCGCUAGACACUUUAAUGAAGGGGUUUUUGUGGCCGUAACCAGCGAAAGCGCACCAUCUUGUAUUUUUAUUGUGUUUUGACUAAGUUAUGAUUAUAUCCAUACGGAGCGACAUUCAUAGAAAGCAUCCUCAUCAUACAUAAACAUAUGCAGCAUAUGCAUAGGCAUACAAUUAUAAUAUAUACUUAUAGUUUGUAAAUAACACGCAACAAGACCCUUGGAAAUCUAUCGAAAAUUUGUAUCACAAUUGUAUUAUUUUUGCAUUUUCCAAGGAGGAUAAUUGAUAACGAGCAAAAACGCGUACACUUUCACAUAUAUUGGCCAAGUGUAGUCCUUAACCCAGUUUACAAUGUCGAGCCCCGAAAGUGGGGGCUGUGAUCAUUAUGAGAUAUAUAUUAUUAUGUGACAAUGGAAAAUGAAGCAGCAUAACAGCAGACACGACUAACGAGAUAAUGAAAAGGGAUUAAACAAACAAAUUAUUAUAUUUAAUGUUAGUUGAACUACUAAAAGUAAUAGUUGAGAACACGGAUCGCAAGAAUGGAGAGGAUAGGAGUCCCGAAUGAGCGAGCGAGUAGUUUUUAGUUGGGCGUGUCGCCCAAUCAUUAUAAUUACAAUUACAAUUACGAUUAUGAUAUAUGAAUACUAAACCUAUAACAACAAGUUAUUACCCCACUAUUAAAGUUAACAAACAACAACAACAACAACCCAUACAUAUAUAUAUACGACUAGGCACAACUCUAAAAUUAAUUACAUAUAACCCUAAACUGUGCUUAUGUUGAAAACAACAAACAUUAAGAACAAGUUAAAACAGUAACGAAAUGAAAGUGAAACAAUUAACGAGAAAGCCCCAAGCGCCACAAGCAACAACAUAUCUGCUUUAAAUUUUACAAAAAAAAUAAAACUGAAAAUUAAAAAAAAUAUAAACAUAUUAAACAUGAGUCACCGUUUAAUAAUUUUACGAGGAAUCACAAAACACAAAAAAACAGACACACUGACAGACACACACGCCCACACAUUAUGCUUCCUUUUAAAUGCAACAUUUUACACAUUUAAUUGUCAAGAAUUAAAUGCUUAAAAUACAAUUUAAAUUUAAUUUAACAAACUGUAACUUUACACGAAUAAACGGAAAAUGUAAAACUGUUUGUUUGACCAUUUGAA